AUGGGAAAUAGUGAAAGUAAUUCGGUUAAUGUCACAUUUGAUCGUCCAACAUUAUUCUAUUUUGCUGGUGAAGUUGUGUCAGGUACAAUUCAUUUUCAAAAUGUUACUGAACGAUUAAAAAUAGAUGAAAUUUAUCUAACAACAACGGGAGAAAUAGGAUAUACCACGCAAGAAAAACGUGUUUUUUAUCGAGAUGGAUGGGAUUCACAGCAACCUGGUCAACAACAUCAUAACUAUCAAAAUCGUGGUAAUGCUAGAACAGAGACAUACACAGAAUAUCAUCGUAUACCAUUUUUUCAAUUUCGACUACCUGUAAUGAGACCCACGAACGGUCAGACAGAAAUAAUUCUCAAUCGUGGUCAACAUAGAUGGCCGUUUGAAGUUCAAUUGCCGACAUAUUUACCACCUAGUGUAUCUGUACCAUUACACUCUUAUCCAUAUGUUAAAUAUUUUAUGCAAGUUGUGAUCGAUAAACCAUGGUAUCAACCAAAUUCUAAACAAAUUUAUUCUUUAACACUUUCUCCACGUGUAAAUCUUCAACAAAUUCCAAAUAGUUAUCAACCUAUGCAAUUUAAUAAUCAUAAUCGUAAAGAUGUUGUUUUACAAGGUGCUCUAAGUCGGUCAGCAUUAGUACCUGGGCAAAUUUUAAAUUCAACUAUUGAAAUUCAAAAUCCAAAACGUGCAACUAUAAAACGUAUCGAAGUUAGUCUUCUACAACAUAUUCAUAUUGCGACUAAUAAUCGAACGGACAAUAUAUUUCGUAUUGAUAUUCCACGAAUACAAGAAUUUAAUAGUGAGAGACUAACUGAAACUUUUUCUAUUAUGAUUCCGAACAAAUAUUUAGCGCCUACAUCCACGUAUCAUUAUAAUGGAAUAAUUGUUUCAGUUAAUUACGAAUUAAAAUUCGAUGUUAAAGCAAGAGGAUUAUUCACUGAUUUUACAAUUUGUUUACCAAUUACAAUGGGAACAGAACCAUCACCAGAGCAAGAACAACAGCUAAAUAGACGAGAUGUAUAUAUACCACCAGCUGCUCCUCCAUCAUAUCCUCAUCAGUCAGAUUAUAAUAAUCAAUAUUCAAUGCCAGAAGAUCUACCGCCUAGUUAUGAAUCUGUUGUGGGUACUGAGCGUUUGGUAAUAAUUGAAUAUUCAUUACAAUUUAUUCCAGAUUAUAUUGUUUAUUUUGAUUUAGACUUGAUAGCUAAUGAGGAAUUAGAUGUGAAAAAUACUCUAAAUCGUUUUAUGAUACGUCAUGUAAACACCGAUCGCGUAUAUAUUAAUAGUAAACAACGUUAG